AUGGACAGGGGUAGUUAUGGGAGCUGUUUACAUAACGAGGGUUUACCUAACGCCGACUCCAUCUUCUCCGGAAUCUCCACAUUCGGCCGUCUCCCAUACCAUCCGUGUCUGUCGAGCGAUGUAGACUACGACAUUGCAUUCAUCGGUGCUCCCUUUGACACUGGUACAUCAUACCGUCCUGGCGCUCGCUUCGGCCCCAGUGGCAUCAGACAAGGUUCUCGCCGUCUCAAUUUAUAUGGCGGCUACAACGUCCCACUCAAGGCGAACCCGUUCAAUUCGUGGGCCAAAGUAAUCGACUGCGGAGACAUUCCCGUUACCUCAUACGACAACGCCUACGCCCUCCAACAAAUCGAACAGGGCCACAACCUCCUCCUCAGCCGUGCCCCCCACACCCACGCCAACAAGCCCGGCCCCUCCAAACACGGAAAGACACUCCCCCGCAUGAUCACCCUAGGAGGCGAUCACACAAUCACACUGCCCCUUCUCCGCUCCGUUCACCGAGAAUACGGUCCCAUUACCGUCAUCCACUUUGACAGCCAUCUCGACACCUGGCGUCCCAAAGUCUUCGGCGGCGCCCCCAGCGAACAAGCCAGCAUAAACCACGGCACCUACUUUUUCCACGCGGCCCAAGAAGGCCUCCUCGCAAACGACACCAACAUCCACGCCGGCAUCCGCACGACGCUGUCAGGACCUUCAGACUACGACAACGACGGGUACUGCGGGUUUGAAAUCGUCGAAGCGCGGGCAAUCGACAAGAUUGGCAUUGAUGGCAUUGUGAAGAAGAUUAGAGAUCGCGUUGGGUUGGAGAGACCGGUGUAUUUGAGUAUUGAUAUUGAUACGUUGGAUCCGGCUUUCGCACCUGCAACCGGCACACCUGAAACCGGUGGCUGGACCACGCGUGAACUCCGCACUAUCAUCCGCGGCCUCGAGGGUAUCAACCUCAUCGGCGCUGAUAUUGUAGAAGUGGCGCCGGCGUAUGAUACUAACGCUGAGUUGACGACUAUGGCGGCGGCGGAUACGUUGUAUGAAGUUAUGACGCUUAUGGUGAAAAAGGGACCGCUUAGUUAUAUGGGUGCGCCUGCUAAGGAAAUUGAGUUGUAG